CCAAACAAAAGGACGGCGCAACUCCUUUGAUGCAAGACGCUAUUGCCUACCAUUUCUAUUCUCUUCUCACGAACGUUUACACGCCGGGUGCGCGCGCUCUGCUCUCCCUCCUUCCCUUGCCCAACUCUCACUCUCUCGCCCGCGCGGCGCGGCCUUGCUUUCUGGUGGCACCGACUGGCCGGCUGCCACCGUCUCCUCCUCGCUGGUGCCCAGGUCUUCGUCGGUCCCUUGGUGUCUGCCCCUUAUCCUGGUCUUUGUCAGGCCCUCGCCUUUCGCCCGCGACGAGCACCACCUGCAGUUAAUCUAAUAAUUUGUAGGAACAAAAUGAAGUGCAAUGCUUGCUGGCGGGAUUUGGAAGGGCAAGCUGUAUCAACCACCUGUGGUCAUCUUUUAUGUGCAGAUGAUGCUAGGAAAAUACUCAAUAAUGAUGGUACAUGUCCAAUUUGUGAUCAGGUGCUCUCAAAAAGCCAUAUGAAACCUAUGGAUAUAAAUCCAGGUGAUGAUUGGACAAAUAUGGCAAUGGUUGGAAUAUCCCCACAAAUACUUAUGAAGAGUGCAUACAGAAGCGUAAUGUUCUACAUUGGACAAAAGGAACUGGAGAUGCAGUACAAGAUGAACAGAAUUGUUGGUCAAUGUAGGCAAAAAUGUGAACUUAUGCAGGCGAAAUUUACUGAGAAACUGGAAGAAGUACAUACCGCAUACCAGAAGAUGGCGAAAAGAUGUCAGUUGUUGGAGCAAGAGAAUGAAAACUUGAACAGAGAUAAGCACGAGCUGCAAGAAAAAUUUGCUGAGAAAUCCAGGCAGAAGAGGAAGCUUGAUGAGAUGUAUGACCAACUGAGGAAUGAAUAUGAGUCGGUGAAGCGUUCUGCCCUUCAACCUGCAAAUAACUACUUAGCAAGACCUCAGCCAGACUUAUUUGCAGGCAUGCCCAACGUGAUGGAUGGUGGCGACCAUCUGAGACAAGGGCAGAGAGAUGAGGGCUGGGGUCCACCGCCAAGGCAACGUCACUGCACCUCUGGUCCCUUUGAUCUGUCCACCGGGUCUCCUGCCCAUGCCGUGGCUCCUCCGGCUGAUAUCAGGCCCAGACAGCAGACACGGUCAGUCUUCGGAGCUACACUGAACAAUCCAUCAAGCACCCUGCGAAACCUCAUAAUCUCACCUGUCAAGCGUCCCCAGACGUCCCGUAAUCGCCAACACAUAUUCACGUUGUAGAGAGUUGGAAUAGCUGACGCUGACGGGGUGCUCCGCAUUGGAAAUCAAAUGGAGAUAUGGUUGAUUAUACGCAGACUUCGUCCAUUUCUACAGUUACAUGUACAGCAGGAAGUUUCAUCUAUACCCCUAAUCUUAGCCUUGGUAGUAUGACAACUGUGGUUAACAUUUUUCUAACUCAUCCGCAUCUGAACAGACCAAGUAAUCCUGUGUGCUGAUUGAGGACCUAAACGAGUUGUUUAAGUGCAAGUGAUUUGGAACUGGAAUUACUUGGAUGUUAUCCUAAAUAAACUCCAAGUGGAGUUUGCCUCCUGUCUUAAACUUCCAUAGCAUCACUUGAGAGUUGGAAACCGACGACUAUAUUCAAGGGUUUGAAACAGUUAGCACAGGCUAGAGUAGCCGCUGUCCGCACUGAACAUGCAGGGUGGCAUCAGAAGUCUGCCCGCCGCCGCCGGUGAGGAGCCCCGUGAAGUCGAAACCAUCCUCACCACCGCCUAAGACCCCAUCGGUGCGCCUCCCCGCUGCUUUGUCACCAUUGCCAUUUCCGCUGCCCAGCUGGCCGGCGGUCACUGUCACUGUCAGGAAGACCCCGUCGCUCUCGCUGCCACCGGUCCCGGCGAGGACGCGGCGCAGCACCUGCGAGUCGACAGCAACCUUGGCGAGGAAGAACGCCAGCAUUUGCUGUUCGAUCGCACGGCGCCACACCGCCGUCAGCAGCUCGUUAGCCUUGUGCUCAUGUUUCAGAUCACUACUACACAAAUAUUAUUUGUACAUAGCAUUUAGUAUCACAUACAGACACAAAAUUUAGUACUGGUUCUAACUACUUAGGAUCUAGCGUGAGCAUUAGUGUUGGUUCAUGGCAUCAACCAGUAUUAAUAUCUUAACUUUAGUGCUAGUUAGAGCCACCAAUAUCUUCAAAUGAAUACCAGUUGAUGGCUCAACCGGUACUAAAAUGUUAGUACUGGUUGGAGUCAUACUAAUAGUGCAGUACAUUAUUUAAGAUCAUCUUUCUUUA